GGAUCUGUGUAUAUCCUGUCCUUGUCUGUGGCAUACAUCUGAGGCUUCAGAAUCACAAAGCAUCCUGGAAGAAAAGCCUAAAAAGAAGCAGCCAUCGAGUGUCAGCAAAUAGAAAGCAACGCUCGAGGUCUCAUAAAACCACUUGCCUGGAAUCUUCAUCUGUCUCAUAAGUCUACGUAGAAAGAUGUCCCUGGAGGAAAUGAAAGAUCUUUAGCUAGUCGGAUAAUACAUAGAACCAGAAACCAAAGAAGUGAAUGGAGUCCUUAUGACCAAGAUGAUGAGUGAUAAUUGGGAGAACAUCUGGAAUUUCCAAGCAAGACCUGAUGAUCUUCUCAUUGCAUCCUAUGCCAAAGCAGGUACAACCUGGACACAGGAGAUUGUGGACAUGAUCCAAAAUGAUGGCGAUGUGGAGAAGUGCCAGCGGGCCAACACCUUUGACCGGCAACCUUUCAUUGAGUGGGCUCUUCCCCCACCCUUCAACUCAGGUCUGGAUCUGGCCCAGAAAAUGCCUUCUCCCAGAACUAUGAAGACUCACCUGCCUGUUCAGUUGCUGCCACCUUCCUUCUGGAAAGAAAAUUCAAAGAUUAUCUAUGUGGCUAGAAAUGCAAAGGACACUGUGGUGUCCUACUACCAUUUCUCAAGAAUGGCUAAAUUAAUACCUAACCCUGGUACAUGGGAGGAGUUUGUUGAGGCAUUCAAAGCUGGAAAAGUGCUAUGGGGCUCCUGGUAUGACCAUGUGAAGGGAUGGUGGGAUGUGAAAGACCAGCACCGUAUUCUCUACGUCUUCUAUGAGGACAUGAAGGAGGACCCAAAACGGGAAAUUCAGAAGAUUUUGAAGUUCCUGGAGAAAGAAAUACCAGAGGAAAUUCUGAAUAAAAUAAUCUAUCACACCUCCUUCAAUGUAAUGAAGCACAACCCAAUGGCCAACUACACCACUUUUCCUAGCAACCUCCUGGACCACUCUAUCUCCCCUUUUAUGAGAAAAGGGAUGCCUGGGGACUGGAAGAGCUAUUUCACUGUGGCCCAGAAUGAAGAAUUUGACAAGGACUACCAGAAGAAGAUGGCAGGGAGUACCCUUACCUUCCUCACGGAGAUCUGAGGGCAACAGGGAGUCUGUCAGUCAAGGACCCCCUUCCUAGAUUUUAGAUAUUUGAGUCUCAUAAUCAAGAAUCCUUAAAAUCUCCUCUAAUCUUUAGAUUUCCUACAUCAGUAGAUUUUAUUCCACUGUGAUAUACUUCAUCCAAAGGCAACCAAAUCCUGGGUAGGAGUUUAAAAUUAAACUACGUGAUCAUUCGCAUAGACACCUACCACAUGACAGUGUGCUCACGUGCAAACCCGUGAUAUAACCCCAUCACUAUUUCACAAUAGCCUGGCUGCCAAGAUGCAAAAUUUGUGAAUAGAGAGAAAUAAAGAAGAGUAGAAACUUCAGCAUAAGAGAAAGUGAAUGUGGAGCAGAGAAGGAGAAGGUAACACAAUGGAAAAUGUUAAAGGGGAAUCAGGUUUUAUCCUUCACCAUCAACAAUGAGACACAGAGGAUGGCCCAACUCUUGGAAGUAUUAAUAUAUGAAGCACAGAAGGUAAAAUGAAGGGAAACCAGUGAGCUGUGCCUGACUUAGGCUGUCUCAAGCUAGACAUGGAGAAAGACCAGAAAGAAAUGAGUGAUGAGCAGCACAAGAAACAGAAAGAGAAACAGUUCACUUCUGAGGCCAACGCAAGGCCGGUAGGCAGAAAACAAACUAUAUUUCAGAUAGGAAUUUUAGAAGGAAGGUGGGGGAUCUUCAAAUUCGCUCCCCUCCAUCAAAGAAAAUAAAAUACCAGCACCACAUGCACUUAAAGAAAUCUGAAUAUCAUAUCUCUAGAAGGAUCAUCUUUCAUGCUUCUUAAAACGAAGCUCUUAGCAAAAUGGUCAAUAUUAACAAAUUAUUCAGGUACACAUGUAAUCAUGUUCUGGGUUUUUUUUUUCCCCCACUAAAACCUGUCUCAAGAAAGUGUCUAGAAUCAUUUAUACAAGGAGUGCAAAGAUCAAUGUGUUAUUUUAAAAGAAUGUCAGGAAGGUACAGUUUAUGGGAGUAGUACAUUCCAGUGCCACUAAAUCAUAGUAUACAGAAUAUUAUCAACUCCGUGCAGGAACAAAGGAAGCCUUGUAUGCAUUCUUUCAUCAUGAUACUUUCUAAGCAUGAAAACUAUUAACCACAUGACAGGUAAUCCAGUAGAGUAUUUGUGCAGUGCCAGGCUGCUCUGAGGAAAUACAUGGUGAAGUGAACCAGCGUGACUGAAUGGUAAAUACAUUUUUUAUCAGUGAACAUUCACACCACAUUUCCAGCUCACAUUCUAAGAGCUACCUAAAAAUGUAGACAACAAGCAUGUAGCAACUCCCUUUGUCGACACAGUAUGAUCGGGGCAAAUAAAAGGAAUAUCCACAAUGCAUCUGGAGUUCACA